ACGGCCUUUAUAGCGGCCGCGGGAGCCCGGCGCUCCGCACUCGGGCGCAGCGGGGCGGAUCCGAGUCAGGUGUCAGCACCCCUGGACUCCCAUCUACCAUGUCCGCAGGCUGGACCUCGCUCCUCUGUGUCGGUGUGUGUCUGCUGCUGAUGUCGCCGCUGGAGCCCGCGGCCGCCGAGGGAGCGGUUCCCAUCGCGAUCACAUGCUUCACCAGAGGCCUGGACAUCCGGAGAGAGAAAGCAGAUGUGCUGUGCCCAGGCGACUGUCCCCUGGAGGAGUUCCCUGUGUUUGGCAACAUCGUGUAUGCUUCCGUGUCAAGCAUCUGUGGUGCUGCAGUUCACAGGGGAGUCAUCAGCAACGCAGGGGGACCAGUACGGAUCUAUAGUCUGCCAGGCAGAGAAAACUAUUCCUCCGUAGUUGCCAAUGGUAUCCAAUCUCAGUCGCUCUCCAGAUGGUCAGCUUCUUUCACAGUGACAAAAGGCAAAAGUGGUCCCCAGGAAGCCACAGGACGAAUCGUGUCCACAGCACGUCCACCAACAGGUAAACGACUAAAGAAAACAUCUGAGAAGAAAGCUGGUAAUAAAGACUGUAAAGCAGACAUUGCAUUUCUGAUUGAUGGAAGUUUUAAUAUCGGGCAGCGCCGAUUUAACUUACAGAAGAAUUUUGUUGGGAAAGUGGCUCUAAUGUUGGGAAUUGGAACAGAAGGACCACAUGUGGGCCUUGUUCAAGCCAGUGAACAUCCCAAAAUAGAAUUUUACUUGAAAAACUUUACAUCAGCCAAAGAUGUUUUGUUUGCCAUAAAGGAAGUAGGUUUCAGAGGGGGUAAUUCCAAUACAGGAAAAGCCUUGAAGCAUACAGCCCAGAAAUUUUUCACAGCAGACACUGGAGUAAGAAAAGGGAUCCCCAAGGUGGUGGUAGUAUUUAUCGAUGGCUGGCCUUCUGAUGACAUUGAGGAAGCAGGCAUUGUGGCCCGAGAGUUUGGUGUCAAUGUAUUUAUCGUUUCUGUGGCCAAGCCUAUCCCUGAAGAACUGGGCAUGGUUCAGGAUGUUGCAUUUGUUGACAAGGCUGUCUGUCGGAAUAAUGGUUUCUUCUCUUACCACAUGCCAAACUGGUUUGGCACCACAAAAUAUGUCAAGCCUCUGGUACAGAAACUGUGCACUCACGAGCAAAUGAUGUGCAGCAAGACCUGUUAUAAUUCAGUGAAUAUUGCCUUUUUAAUUGAUGGCUCUAGUAGUGUUGGAGACAGCAAUUUCCACCUUAUGCUUGAAUUUGUAUCCAACAUAGCCAAGACCUUUGAAAUCUCAGACAUUGGAGCAAAGAUAGCUGCUGUACAGUUCACCUAUGAUCAGCGCACAGAAUUCAGUUUCUUCGAUUACAACACGAAAGAGAAUGUCCUAGCAGUUAUUAGAAAUAUACGAUAUAUGAGCGGUGGAACAGCUACUGGAGAUGCCAUUUCCUUUACUGUUAGAAAUGUGUUUGGUCCUGUGAGGGAUAGCCCCAACAAGAACUUCCUGGUAAUCAUCACAGAUGGGCAGUCCUAUGACGAUGUCCGAGGCCCAGCUGCUGCUGCCCAUGAUGCAGGUAUCACCGUUUUCUCUGUUGGUGUGGCUUGGGCACCUCUGGAUGACCUGAAAGAUAUGGCUUCUAAACCAAAGGAGUCUCAUGCUUUCUUCACAAGAGAGUUCACAGGAUUAGAACCAAUUGUUUCUGAUGUUAUCAGAGGCAUUUGUAGAGAUUUCUUAGAAUCCCAGCAAUAAUAUUUUGUCAACUGAAAAAGCACAAGGGAAAUCUAAUGUUUAAGUUGUAUUCUUGUACUAUUGCGAUAAUAUAGAGCAUACUAGAGUCAGAAUCAAAACUAUUAAAGAUGUCAACAGCUGUUUUAAGCAAAUAAGCAUUUAUUUAAAACUACCUUCUAACUACAACUUAAGACACAUGUUCAGGACACUGCUGAGGCUUCAUACUCAUGAUUCUUAAAAACUCAGGAAAAAUGAGUUAUCACGGACUAAAAUAUCAGUUCUAACCUACUAAAAUGUAGAUAUGCAAAUUCUAUACCUUGC